UGACCGAGGUCGGACGUGUCAGCUCCUCUGGGAGAAGCUCUCAAGUUUCAGUGAACUGCGACAGACUUAUUACUAAUGAUAAAUUGUAACUUGUUGCUGGUGAGGAGAAGAGAACAUUAGUUAUGUGUCUCUUUCCGUCGCUAACUUUCAUCUUCGCUUUCAUCGGUGGCCUCGUUGCUUCCAAGAACACAAAAGAUUCGAUGAUCGACGUUUGGGUUGUGUCGGGGGGGAGGGCCAGCCUGCCAUGUCUGCUGAAACCGAAACUGAAAGACGACCAGCCCGUUCUGGUCCUUUGGUAUCGCCGCUUCAGUAGUUCUCUGCCCAUAUACAGUUACGACGCCCGGGUGGGAGACUUCUCCAGCGGCGUCAGGUGGUGGGACGAGGUCGCUCUGGGCAGGAGGGGGUAUUUCGUGCCCUCCAGCGCGCCCGCGUUGGUGCUCGAACCCGCCCACGCCCACGAUCAGGACAUCUAUACGUGCCGGGUCGAUUACCGCGUUUCGACGUCCACGACAACCAGGGUCAACCUGACGGUGGUCGUACCCCCGGGCCCUCCCGUGGUGAUCUGGGAAGGCAGAGAGAUGGUGGGGACCGUAGGACCCCUUCAGGAGAACCAGCUGACGGAGCUGACCUGUAGGAGCGUCGGGGGGCGGCCCUCCCCUGCUCUCACCUGGUGGAAUGAAGGCAGGGAGCUCCCCCUCCUGUACGCUAAUUCCUCUUUGGAUCCUGUGACAGGGACGAGUGUGUCCGAAGCCACCUUGUCAGUGGCGCCGAAAAGAGAACUCCAGGGUGGAUCUUUGACCUGCGACGCCCGAACGCCCACCACUUCAACGCCCCACGAAGAGGCGACCGUUCCUCCGCGGAGUGCCUCGGUGGUACUCAACAUCACACUGUCCCCAGUGGAAGUGCGGAUACUUGAACCGAACCCUAUAGUUGCGACGUCGGGUUCCACCAUCAGCGUCGUCUGCCGCGCCCUUGGGUCGCACCCUCCAGCUGAACUCUCCUGGUGGAGGGGCAUCAGGUCCCUGGAGCCCCAUGUCACUCACGCCAUACAAGACGGGGGUAACAUCACGACCGCCUCGCUGACCAUCGCCGUGACGGGCGAGGACGACGGAGCGACGGUGACCUGCAGGGGCGUGAAUCCCGCCCUCUCCCGAGGGGAGCCUCUGACGGACAGGAGGAAGCUCGUUGUCUACUACGAGCCUAUCGUAGACCUCAGCCUCGGGAAGCCUUUGGAGGCCGAGAACAUCAAGGAAGAGGACGACGUCUACUUCGAGUGUAACGUCAAGUCGAACCCGAAACUCCAUCGAAUUGAGUGGUACCAUAAUGGCCAGGAAAUCCUCCAGGACAUCAACGCAGGAGUCGUCGUCAGUCAGCAGUCGCUCGUCAUCAGGGGCGUCGUCAGGAGUCACUCAGGGUCCUACACCUGCGUCGCCACCAAUGCUCAAGGGCGCGGAGUCAGUAAUACCUUUUUCCUGACAGUCCAACAUGCCCCCAUAUGCGCUGGGUCGACGGGCACAGAGAGGACCCAGGGGGCAGCUCGAGGGUCGGUGGUCAAGGCCAAGUGCAGGGUGGAGGCCGAGCCCUCUUCCAACUUGAUCUGGUCCUGGGUGCGGAAAAGGACCGACGGGAGUGAGGAGAUUCUGUCCCCUGACAAGUACGUCAUCGAGGGACUGACGUCGACCCUGACGGUCGUGCCUGGAAGGAGGGAGGACUACGGCCGCCUGCUCUGCAGGGCAACGAAUAACGUUGGGCGUCAGAAGGAGGCGUGUGUCGUCAACCUCGUACCAGCUGGUCCCCCCGAUACACCCACGAAUUGCUCGGCCACGACUGUCAACCCUGACGGUAUGAAACCAGCCCUUGUUGUCAGCUGUCUGGAGGGUUUUGACGGAGGGCUGCCUCAGAAUUUCUUGCUGGAAGCGUGGCAGGAUGGAUUGGUCAUAGCGAAUAUCAGCAGCGAGUAUCCUGAGUGGGUGGUCAGCACUGUGGAGGCAGGUAAAAGGGUCAUUCUGAACAUCGUGGGUCAUAAUAUUCGUGGCCGAAGCGACCCUGUCACCAUGAAGAUUCAAACUAGCAGUGCCCAGCAUAGAGCAGCUCCAGUACAAGAAUCAGCUGGAGAGGUUCCCCCAAUCGUUGGUGCUGCUCUGGGAGGAAUGGGGGUGAUUCUGGUACUUCUUUUGGUCGGGGUAGCUAUUGUUAGAGGGUCGUAUAGGUGUCCUAGAAAACCAGUCGCUGAGAAGACAUUGGCAUCCUCCUCCACCGAAGCAUUAGACCCUGAUGUUGUGCAGUCUAUAAAACAUUUGGAUAUUGUCCCUUGUGUCCGAGAGGAACAUAGUAAUGAAGAAAUAUAUCCAAUGUUCACUUACUCCGUGCACAUCCAUCCUCCUGGUGACGGAGAGAAGACAGAGGAAACUCUUGAAACUGUUGAUGAAAGUAUCGGAAAUGCAGCUCUUUUGGCUGGCAGGGUGCAAACACAUUUGUCAGCCUCACCCAGACAACGUCGGCCGUGUGACAGGCUGAACCUAUUCCUUGAUCAGAGUGAAGACUCUGGAGUGUCUGAAUCAGAAUCUGGCAAUGAACUGAAGAUCCCUGGAGCAGAAAGGAGGUCAUCACCUGUGUCAGGUUCUAAAGGUGAAUCAGGUCGUCCUUACUCUGCUGUACCUAAAGAACAGUCACCAGAAAAGGCGUCCUCUGGUGGACGCAGGCAUUCGCCUUCCUUUAUAGGAAUGACUGCAACUUCUUCCUCAACAGAGGAUAUAUAUGACACAUCUGAGGGUGGUCAAUGUAGUUCAAGGAUAAACCAUGAGUGUGUUUCUUCACGGGAUAGGCCUUUAGAUCCUUCUUCCAGAGAAAUAUUUGGAUUAAGCGAGAGAGAGCCUCCAGAUGGGGGUGAAAGUGCAGCAGUAGUUGAGGUAAUUUGCCAUGCUGUUUCACCAACUGGUCCAGUGACUAACAAAGGCCAGAAACCUCCCAAGAAGAAAAAGGCACGUCCUUUACCACAGGGUGAACCAGUACUAGAGUCACAGCCUCCGGAAAGAGAUCCAGCAAGAAUUCUUAGCUUAGACAGGAACGAGAUUGGUGUGCCUGUCACUUUGUACAAAGCACCCAAUGGGGAGCUUCUUUUACUGCCUAGAAAACCUGAUUAUGAAGGAAUUGGGGUGCAGUUAACCUCAACUCCAGUUUACGCAAUAGCAACUCUACCAAAAGCCGCUGGAAGGAGUGGCAGAGUCACUACACAAACUACGACCAAAGAAAAUGAGUCUAGCCCAAAGUUGCCUGUCGCUGCACCCAUAAAUAAAAGUCAUGGCGCAAAGCAAGUUGGUGAAAUAGACUAUAUUCCUCCAGUGCAUCCUGACAUGUGUCGAAGAGAAAGUUCAGUAUAGUGCAAGUCCUGAACUCAAAGUUAAUAAGCACCUUCCAGCUUAUAAGGCCAUUUAGAUUCAAAUCCAUGAGGAAAGCUUUCAUUUUCAAUUGUCAACAUUGUUCGUCAUGAACUCUCAGGUAUCGUUUAAGUUAUAAGUGAUAAACACUUGGAAAUUAUGCAUAAUAACAUAGGAAUAUACUUAUUGAAAUUAAAUAUUUGGAUACUGUUUUCUAAUCUUACUCUGAACAAGUGGCAGAAUAGAAUUUAGGCUUUUCAGAAAAGAUUCAUUGCUUGCAUUCACUAUGGAUGUGUUAAAGAUUCGUCCUAAAUCUGAAUAUACUCUGUGUCAAUAUACUUUUUUAAAAUAAAAAUCUCUGUCAACUGCAUCUGGAUAAGAAACACUCGACCGGAUUUCUUGUACAGUGACCAUUCUUCAUGACAUCCAAGAGGCGUAGAAGUGAAGUCUAUAUUUUUAUGUGUAUUAUUAUCUGCAUAUUGCAGACAAACCUUGUAUGCAUGUAUCAUGUCGCUGAUAUAUAGCUUAUUGGAAAAGACA